CAUGGCUUUUAAAGAGCUUGAAGAAGUGAGAGGUUAGGAAGUUUGAGGGAGCAUCAACAUGGAAGUUGAAGUCUCUUGAGGAAGACAGUAAGCUAGCCAGUGCCCAACUCCUUGAGAAGGGAAGGAGAAUGAACUGGGUAGAAAAUUUAAUUGGCCAAACUUCAAAGGAAGACAGGUAACUGAAUUAUCAUGGCAAAAAGGGAGUCUCAGAGUGACAGCAGGAAGCAAAACUUCUCCAGGACCAUUGUGUAAGAGGAUUUGAAUGAAGGUGCAGCAAGUGCUGGAGAGGAUGGCCUGUCAUCGAGGGGAAGAACAAGUAGAUGAAAGGAAGAUAUUUGUGGAAUUUGAUGGCUGCAACUGGAAGCAACACUCCUGGGUGAAAGUCCAUGCCGAAGAGGUUAUUGUGCUGCUGCUAGAAGGCUCAUUAGUCUGGGCUCCUCGAAAGGAUCCAUUUCUCCUCCAGGGGACCAGGGUCUCAAUUGCACAGUGGCCAGCCCUGACCUUCACUCCAUUAGUGGAUAAAUUGGGUUUGGGGUCUGUGGUUCCAGUGGAAUUUCUUCUGGAUCGAGAUCUCCGAUUCUUGUCAGAUGCUACUGGAUUACGCCUAUUCCAGAUGGGAACAGAGAGCCAGAACCAGAUUCUUCUAGAACAUGCUGCAUUGAGAGAUACAGUUAAUGCUUUGAUCAGUGACCAAAAGCUCCAGGAGAUAUUCAGUCGAGGUCCCUAUAGUGUCCAAGGCCAGAGGGUCAAAGUGUACCAGCCAGAAGGUGAAGAAGGCUGGGUUUGUGGUGUUGUAAGCCGUCAAGACUCCAUCACUCGUCUUAUGGAGGUGUCUUUAUCAGAGAGUGGUGAGAUCAAAUCAGUGGAUCCCAGACUGAUACAUGUGAUGUUGAUGGACAACUCUACUUCUCAGAAUGAGGGAGGUACAUUAAAGGCGGUAAAGCCCUCCAAAGGAAAGAAGAAAAGAGAGAGCAUAGAGGGGAAGGAUGGACGAAGGAGGAAAAGUGCUUCAGACUCUGGGUGUGACCCUGCAACAAAGAAACUAAAAGGAGAGCGGAGUGAAGUAGACAGUAAUGGGAGCGAUGGAAGUGAGGCAAGUCGAGGGCCCUGGAAAGGGAGUGCCAGUGGAGAGCCAGGGCUGGAUCAAAGGGCCAAGCAGCUGCCUCCAUUUGUUCCCCAGAUCAAUCGAAACAUUCGAUUUGCCACAUACACCAAAGAGAACGGCAGGACUCUGGUGGUUCAGGAUGAGCCUCGAGGUGGGGACAUACCUGUACCUUUCACUCCAUAUUCUUCAGCCCCGGGUCAGUCACCUUUGGUCACAGAGGUGGGUGGAGCUGGAAACAAGGAGGCUGGAAAAUCACUGGAUCAAGGUGCUCAGAGUCUGGCAGUUCCAACAGCCAUGGUCACAACCACCAGCUCAACACCAACUACCGUGAGGAUCUCCGACACUGGCCUUUCAGCAGUGACCCUGCAGGAGAAACAGAAAGUAAGCUGGUCUCAGACUCAGGGAGAGAAUUCCAGAAACUCCCUCUUGGCUUCUUCUGGAUUUGGAGCAUCUCUCUCAAGUUCAUCCCAAUCCUUGGCUUUUGGAAGUCUUAGAGCCCAGUCCAAUGGGGUCUUGGCUACAGAGAGCAAGCCUUUGGGGUUUUCUUUUGCCUCCAAUUCUGCUGUAGAAACCCAGAAAGAUUCUGAUCUCUCAAAGAACUUGUUUUUUCAGUGCAUGUCACAGACAUUGCCCUCAAGUAACUACUUCACAGCUAUUUCGGAGAGUUUAUCGGAUGAGUCCUCUGGUCGGGACUCAUUCAAACAGAGCCUAGAGAGCAUGAGCUCUGGGCUUUGUAAAGGCAAACCCACCCUGACAGUAGAUACAAAGGCUGGCAGUACCCUGGACCGGAAGGUGCCCUCAGAGUCCAUGCCUACCCUCACUCCAGCCUUCCCAAGGAGCCUCUUGAAUACCCGAGUCCCAGAGAAUCAUGAAAAUCUAUUUUUGCAGCCCCCUAAGUUAUCCCGUGAAGAGCCAUCCAACCCUUUCCUGGCAUUUGCAGAGAAAGCUGAUCUCAGUCCUUUCAGCAGUUUUGCAUCUCAGACAGCAGGUGGCUCCACUUCGGCUACCACUGGAGCACUCAAGGCAGCUUCUGGCUGGCCAGAGUCUCACGCCUCUGCAGAUUCAGCAUCCUUAGCAAAGAAGAAAUCUCUCUUCAUCACAACUGAUUCUUCCAAGCUAGCCUGCAGUACACCCAGCUCGGCUGUGCCUCCUAGUGUCCCAAGCCUCUCUGCCAUGGGAAAUGGCCGCUCUAAUUCGCCCACCAGCAGUCUUUCACAACCUAUUGAGAUGCCCACCCUCUCCUCCAGCCCAACGGAGGAAAAGCCAUCAGUUGGGCCUGGGCAACAGGACAAUCCUCUUCUGAAAACAUUUACUAAUGUCUUUGGCAGGCACCCAACUGGCUUUCUCUCCUCAACAGAGUUUUUGCAGGAAAACAAAGCUCCUUUUGAAGCUGUAAAAAGGUUCUCACUGGAUGAGCGGAGCAUGACAUCUAAACAGGACUCAGAUUCCAGCACCAAUAGUGACCUGUCAGACUUGAGUGACUCUGAGGAGCAGCUGCAAGCCAAGGCUGGGUUGAAGGGAAUCCCAGAGCACCUAAUGGGAAAACUGGGCCCCAAUGGAGAGCGAAGUGCUGAACUGUUACUGGGGAAAGGACGAGGGAAGCAGGCCCCUAAAGGCCGACCAAGAACAGCCCCUUUGAAAGUUGGCCAGUCAGUGCUGAAAGACAUGAGCAAGGUGAGAAAGCUCAAACAGUCAGGAGAGCCUUUCCUCCAGGAUGGAUCCUGCAUUAAUGUAGCCCCUCACCUGCACAAGUGCCGGGAGUGCCGCCUGGAGCGUUACCGAAAGUUUAAAGAGCAAGAACAAGAUGAUUCCACUGUGGCCUGCCGAUUCUUUCACUUCAGGAGGCUUAUCUUCACUCGGAAAGGCAUCCUCCGUGUAGAAGGGUUUUUAAGUCCACAGCAGAGUGACCCAGAAGCCAUGAACCUGUGGAUUCCCUCUUCCUCCCUUGCAGAAGGAAUCGAUCUGGAGACCUCAAAAUACAUACUGGCCAAUGUUGGGGACCAGUUUUGCCAGCUUGUUAUGUCAGAAAAGGAGGCCAUGAUGAUGGUAGAGCCACAUCAAAAAGUGGCAUGGAAACGGGCAGUACGUGGUGUCAGAGAAAUGUGUGAUGUGUGUGAAACAACCCUCUUCAACAUCCAUUGGGUUUGUCGCAAAUGUGGAUUUGGAGUCUGUCUCGACUGUUACCGACUUAGGAAGAGUCGUCCACGAAGUGAGACAGAGGAGAUUGGUGAUGAAGAGGUUUUCUCUUGGUUGAAGUGUGCAAAGGGGCAGUCACAUGAACCAGAGAAUCUCAUGCCCACACAAAUCAUCCCUGGCACAGCUCUUUACAAUAUUGGAGAUAUGGUACAUGCAGCCAGGGGCAAGUGGGGAAUUAAAGCCAACUGCCCUUGCAUUAGUCGUCAGAAUAAAUCUGUAUUGAGACCUGCUGUCACUAAUGGGAUUUCACAGCUUCCCAGUAUAAAUCCCAGUGCUUCCUCUUCUGGAAAUGAAGCUCCCUUCUCCAGUGGAGGAGGAACAACAGGGGUAACAACAGGGGUGACAACACCAGAGUCUGACCUUAUACCCAAACCUGACACUGUGGACAGCCGGAGCGAGGAGGCACUGAAAACAGAUGCGUCAAGUAGCAGUGGUGAGACAAAGACCAGCAGGCCACUCUGCACUGAAACGACACCACCAUCCUCUGCUCUGCACUGGCUGGCAGAUUUAGCCACACAGAAAGCAAAGGAAGAAACAAAAGAAGCUGGAUCCUUGAGAUCAGUCCUCAGUAAGGAGUCUCAUUCCCCCUUUGGGCUGGAUUCAUUCAACUCUACAGCAAAGAUUUCUCCAUUAACUCCAAAGCUCUUUAAUAGCCUGCUACUGGGUCCUGCUGCCUCCAACAACAAAACAGAAGGCUGCAGCCUUCGAGACUUACUGCACUCUGGGCCCGGAAAGCUUCCCCAGGCCUCCUUGGACACCAGCAUACCUUUCCCUCCAGUCUUCUCAGCGUCUUCAACAGGGGUGAAGAACAAGGCCAGUCUUCCCAACUUCCUCGACCACAUCAUUGCCUCAGUGGUAGAAAAUAAAAAAACUUCCGAUGCUGCAAAACGGGCCAGUAACCUCACUGACACCCAAAAAGAGGUGAAGGAGAUGGUGAUGGGACUGAAUGUGCUGGACCCACACACCUCCCACUCAUGGCUCUGUGAUGGGAGGCUCCUGUGUCUCCAUGACCCCAGCAACAAAAACAACUGGAAGAUCUUUCGGGAGUGUUGGAAGCAAGGCCAGCCUGUCCUUGUUUCUGGGGUGCAUAAGAAGCUCAAAUCUGAACUUUGGAAGCCAGAAGCAUUUAGUCAAGAAUUUGGAGACCAGGAUGUGGACCUAGUGAAUUGUAGGAACUGUGCUAUCAUUUCUGAUGUGAAAGUGCGUGACUUCUGGGAUGGUUUCGAAAUCAUAUGCAAACGGCUAAGAUCAGAAGAUGGGCAGCCGAUGGUACUGAAGCUCAAAGACUGGCCUCCAGGGGAAGAUUUCCGAGACAUGAUGCCUACAAGGUUUGAGGAUCUGAUGGAGAACCUCCCCCUGCCAGAGUACACCAAGCGAGAUGGAAGGCUGAAUUUGGCUUCUAGACUACCCAGCUAUUUUGUACGACCUGAUUUGGGUCCCAAGAUGUACAAUGCCUAUGGUUUAAUCACUGCAGAAGAUAGAAGAGUUGGUACAACAAACUUACACUUAGAUGUGUCUGAUGCAGUGAAUGUGAUGGUGUAUGUUGGGAUCCCCAUUGGGGAGGGAGCGCAUGAUGAAGAGGUGCUGAAGACUAUUGAUGAGGGGGAUGCUGAUGAGGUGACAAAACAGCGGAUUCAUGAAGGGAAUGAGAAGCCUGGAGCAUUAUGGCAUAUCUACGCAGCUAAAGACGCUGAGAAGAUCCGGGAACUUCUCCGAAAGGUCGGAGAAGAACAAGGUCAAGAAAAUCCUCCAGAUCAUGACCCAAUUCAUGACCAAAGCUGGUACCUGGACCAGACCCUUCGUAAACGUCUCUAUGAGGAGUAUGGCGUGCAAGGCUGGGCAAUUGUGCAGUUUCUGGGGGAUGCUGUCUUCAUACCUGCAGGAGCCCCUCACCAAGUUCAUAAUCUGUACAGUUGCAUAAAAGUGGCAGAAGAUUUCGUAUCUCCUGAACAUGUAAAGCACUGUUUCCGCUUGACCCAGGAGUUCAGACAUCUGUCCAACACCCACACAAAUCAUGAGGAUAAACUGCAGGUGAAGAAUAUCAUUUACCAUGCAGUGAAGGAUGCUGUUGGCACACUGAAGGCUCAUGAAUCCAAGCUGGCAAGGUCUUAGUUGUGGCUAGUUUCCAAACCCUUGUGAAGCAGGCCUUUCACUCACAGUACUUACAGGGAACGGGCAAGGGUCUCUGCUGGAGCAGGGACCCCCUCACGGGGAGCCGGUGCGGUCAGUAUUACGAACUCUCCAGCCACUGUUUUCUACGCUGCCUCAAACACUGAUGGUGGAAACGGGAAAGUCGCACUGUUACACACCCAAUUCCAGACUUCGAGCCGAGGGUGCCACAUCCCCCAUCCUGCGGCCUUUUGGGAAUCCAGAUCACCUAAACACCACUGGGUUUUCCUGCAUAUUCUUGUGAUUAGAGAGUCAAAACCAAGAAUGUGGGCACUUUUUUUCUCCUUUUUUUUUUCCUUUUCUUUCCUCAUGCCUAGUUAGUUGGGAAUAUGUUUGGAGAUGGGGGGAUCUGAUAGCAGAUACAGUAGGUGGCAUUUGCCGAAGUGUGACCCAUAGAAACCCGACAGCAUAUCUCUUCGUAUGACCUUUUGUGUGACCCAGCCUGAGGAAGAGGGGUGAAGCUGUCCCCAUACUCCCUCCCUUGUACACUGUAGACUUACAGAACCCAGGGAGAACCCACUGCUUUUCCCAGGAGGCUCCAGGAAUAGGAGAAUUGUGUAUUUAGUGAAAAACUAGGUUUGUAGUGAAACAGUUACUAUUUCAUGAAAGUAGAUAUUUUUAGAAUUUUUGGAAAUACCACAACUGUUUUCCUGGAUUAUGAGGAAAGGCACAUUACAUUUAGUCUUCCUUUCAAUAAAAUCUUUGAAGAGAAAUGGUUUUUAGGAAUUAAAUGUCCAUAAUAGCACAAAAUUAGCCAAAGCAGAGCUCAAAAGAAUUGGCUUUUUAGGGUUUCUUUCCUUUCUCCCCCUCCCAUCCCAGCAGUCUCUACAGAGAGGGAACAGUAAACCAAGAAUGAACUUUUGUCAUGUCUGUGAGCUGUGGUGUGUAUGUCCCUGCACUGGUGACUCCAGGAACCAUUCCACCUGUUACCAGCGUUCCCUUGGGACUCAGAAUACUUUCCAUACGUGAAAGAAAAUUUAAUUUCCAACAUCAGGUUUUUUGUCCAGAAAUAUUUUCAACAAAACUUUACAGCUCAAUGGAGUUUUAUUCAGAUUUCAAUGUCAGCAUUUGAAAAUGAUGGAUUUCAUUGUCCCAUGAUAAGUACAUUGGGAAGUGUAUCUACCUUCUUUUCAGCUGUACUGUAGUGCCCCCUGCAGGCUUGUUUAUAUGUUCACAGUUACUUCAUUUUUUAAAAAAUAAAAGUCAUUUACUGUAGAAUACUUUUAA